AGAUGGCGAAAAGUCUUCGAUCAAAAAGAAAGCGAAAAAUGCGCCGAGAAAGGAGAGAAAAGUUCAAGGUUAAAGAAACGCAGAGGUUACUUGAAACUCUAGGAGUCAAUGAAGCAGGAAAAGGAGAAGCUAUGACUCUUGCGCUUGAAGAGAAGGAUUCACAAAACGAUAUAAAAGAUCAUCAAAACACUGUUGAGCACGUGGAAGUCGAACCAACAGAAAAAACAAGUGAUGUUGAAAUGGACCAAGAUAAAACACAACAAAAUAAUACUAAAAGCAGCAAAAAAGUAGAUAAGAAACAGUUAUUAAAACGUCUGGGCAAAAAGAGACAUUUCAAGAAAUCUAACAAGAUGAUGAAGUGGUGACACCUUUGGCCAUUAAAAAUUUCACAUUUAAAAUUGGUUAAUAUUUUUAUUCUCUUGGUUUGGUAUCCUUACAAUUUACUAGUUAUAUAAUUUGGAGUAUUCGUCCAACUUUGACUUGGAGAAAUUAUUACUUAUAUUUCCACUGGAGCAAAUUUGGGGAAAGAUUUAUUGGUCUUUGCUUGGUCAGCUUCUAGAGCAACCCUCCAUUCGUGUAUAGAGGAGUCUUAAGGAAGCCAUGUCAUAGCUCUGAAACAAUAACUACUGUAAAUGCUUUCACAUAAAGAGAGAUUUGAUUUUUCAAAAUAAAACCUCAUUUGUUUUUCAUUACAACAUGGCUGCUAUGGAAUCUUUAUUGCUGGUAAAUGAGCUUUCAACAUAGUUUAUUCCUUUAAGUCAUAUGUUAAAUUUCUAUGUCUUUCUAACGUGUUGAUAGUCAUGUAUCGAGAGAAUUUGAUGUAAAUUUGACGAAACCACACAAACUGACUUUCAUGGGCAGCCAUGGCUCUCUGUUUAAAGAAAAUAAUGAUGAAAAUAUAAUUAAAUGGUGAUAAAAGUACUGAAACAUUUCAAUAAAUUCAGAGUCAAUAGGUA